CAUUACUUGUCAACGAGUCGUGGCCGUGGACUGUCUGCCGGUUUUAUCUCAUCAACGCCUCACACCAUAUUCCAACCAUGAGUGCCAAAUUGUUAGAGUACAGGGAAGCCGUAGAACGCCAGCUGAACGACAAAAGCAAGCCAUGGACCAAGUUUUUCGACCAAAUGGAAUCGAAAACCGGCGUGAACAGACUGUACCUUUUCGUCGGUCUGGUGGCGUUCACCGGUUUAUAUUUAGUGUUUGGAUUCGGCGCUGAACUGAUAUGCAACUCGAUUGGUUUCGUGUACCCGGCCUACAUGUCAAUGCGGGCUCUGGAGUCCCCUGCGAAGGAUGACGACACGAAGUGGCUGACAUACUGGGUGGUGUACGCGUGCUUCUCGGUCGUCGAAUACUUUUCCGACUUCAUCGUGGGAUGGUUCCCGCUCUAUUGGUUAAUAAAGUGCAUCUUCAUCAUAUGGUGCUACCUGCCCGGAGACUUGAACGGCUCACUCAUCCUGUACCACCGCAUCAUCCGCCCCUACUACCAGAAGCACCACACGCAGAUCGACGCCGCUGCCAGCGCAGAACUUCACGACAUUGUAAGGAACUUAAACAAAAACAUGGACAAAACUUUCGACGCGUUCAACAAACAAUUGAAAAACCUCCAUUCUGAUUAAACACAAGGUAAAAUGGACUAAUGCAGUAAAAUUCAUACAAAAUCCAAUGCCAGCCGCGUCGUCAAAGAUUCCAUCGGGAAGACCAACUAACCGGUGACAUAGUUCUCGGGAGCAAAAGUACAAAUAUCAUGCACCCGCUUCUGCCGAGCUUGCAAGCACAAUCACGCCAUUUAAUAUGUCUAAAUGUAUGUAAAGCAAACUUACUUUCAAAUUCAUUACUAUUUUUACUUACUGACAGCGGCGACUGUCAGCUGUGCAGAAAAUUUGACGCCAUUUAAGGAAAAGAAUCCGAUCCGUUGAAAAAUGUCGAUAGAAUUUAGAUUUUCUGUAAAAGACAGUUUUCAGAGGAUGGGUUCUUUUCGCAAAACUGCUUGCGUAUCUGAACGCAAACUUCCUAAAAUAUAAUUCUGUGUAGGUGCUUUUUUAUUAACUCGGCAAACAUAGUGCCACUGUCCAAGUAAGGGUCAAUUCACCAGAAAGUUGACGAUCACGGCUUCGAAAAAAAAAGAAAAACACCAGUUUUUUAUAUUGAAAUAUCUGUUAUCCGAUUUGACUACUCAAUUGUAAUUGGUUUAUUUUCCAUUUUGUUAAGGAAACCGUGUAAUAUAAAGUAGUUAAGGAUUUUUUUUUACGAUCGUAACUUUCUUCUAUUUGUAACUUUUAUUUAGUGCCUAAAUAAAUCUUUAGUUUAAUCUUUUCUUUUUGCCUGUAAGAUCUUGAUAGUAAUAUUAAUGGUAAUCAAAGGCAUAUUUUUUACCGUUUCUAGAUCUCUUAAUGGAAUUGAUUUAAGUUUUCCUGUUGUAUACCUAAAAUUUUUGCUCAAGGAAUGUUAGUAGAGAACAAAUUUCUCUUUCGUUACAGAUGACGUGUUUUAGGUUACGCAAAUUUCCACAUUUGACAGCAAACUAUACAAAACAAUUUUUCUACAUUUUGUAUAAAAUUUAUAGCAAGCAUUUACAUUGUAUUGUUGUUCUAGUUGGAAGUUAUAGCUUAGGAGUUAUAUUUUGCCAUUGAUGUUAUAAAAGUUAACAGUUUCUCACAUUAGCUUGUGAUCAAACACCUUGUUAGUGUGCCUUUGAUGAUUUGGCUGUCAAAAUGUAAUUUUAUUGUAUGCACUUGGGAGGGAAGAGUUUUAGUCCUGUCAUUUUUCACGUAAUAAAAACGAGUUCAUUUAUAA